UUGCAGAAGGUGGGGCUGUAUGACAUUUGCAAAGCUAUUGGGAAAGGUAAUUUUGCUAUUGUUCGUCUAGCGAGGCAUAGGAUCGCAAAAUGUAAGGUUGCAAUUAAGAUAGUUGAUAAACAUCGGAUCGAUCAGGAAAAUUUAAUGAAGGUUGAAAGGGAGAUUCGUGUGUUAAAGACACUAGAUCAUCCACAUAUCAUUAAACUCUAUGAAAUUAUAAGGACAGAGCAGUACAUCUAUAUUGUUACGGAGUUCGCUCGCAACGGAGAGUUGUUUGUUGUGUGCAAUUUUUCAAUUUUUUAUUACAUCUUACCUUAUAAUAUUACUAGUAAUUUGUUUUAUCAAAUUUCAGAAAAGGUACUUGCUGCUCGUGGAAAACUUCCUGAAGCAGAAAGUCGCCGGUAUUUCCAACAAGUUGUUUCAGCUAUUGCGUACUGUCAUCAUCGUGGAAUUGUUCAUCGAGAUAUAAAGGCCGAAAAUAUUUUGUUAGACAAGAAUGAUGAAGUGAAACUAAUUGGUAUCAUUUUGUCAAUAUCUCAUAGUUGUGGUUCUCACUUUAUGUAUGACGGAACGAAGGCAGACAUAUGGAGCUUAGGAGUUGUUCUAUUCAUUAUGGUAACUGGCGGUUUUCCGUUUGCUGGUGAGAAUGUUGAUAAAUUGAAAAAUGCCGUUGUCGCUGGUCAGUUAAAAAUUCCGUUCUGGGUAGCCCCUGAUUGUUGUGAUUUGUUGAGGAAGAUGAUCGUUGUGUAUCCGGAACGUCGUAUAAAUAUUGAUUGUGUAGCGCAGCACCGCUGGGUUGUUGCUGAAAUGUCGAAGAAAUUGCGCCAACUAAUUAGAGAAAAGCCUGUAGAUCGGUUGUUGCCAGAUACUUCGUCUUUCAAACUGGACAAUAUAAUAUCAUAUUAUAUGCACCGGUGUGGUAAUUGGUCAGAGGGACAAAUUGCUGAGGAAGUUACAAAGAAAAAUUUUGAAUCUCCUAUUUAUGCUACAUAUGAACUUUUUCGUACAAAGCUUGAUGAAAAAACUGAGAGUAAUGAACCUUUGGAAGUUCCACCACAACCUCGGCGAGGUUCACGCGGGUCUAUAACUACUGGUAAAGCAAAUAUCGACGACGAACCCCCAGCUCCUACAAUCUCUGCCCGAUCUCUUGUAUUAUUGGGGCUUUCGGAUAGUAGCGAUGAGGAAUUAGAUAAAGAUAGUGAGAAAGACGACCUUAGCCUUUCUCCGGCUGAGUCUUGGCUGUGCCAUGCCGCUCAGCUGGGACCUGUGGCUGGAAUGGAAGAACCCUCUACUUCUCUGAAUAGGUCGGAGGCUAGACGGCACACACUAGUUGGGACAUCUGAAUUAGGGAACUUGUUCGCUGUUCAGCAGGUAUUAUCUGUAUUUCUUGAGAAAGGAUCGUUUGCUGCUGCAGUUUUGGCUGCCAACCAAGCUGCUGCUGUUGCUUACGCGUCAAGGGUCGCUAAUCCCUUUUUAGACCAGUCUCCCAAUAUGUUGUUGCAGGAUUCAUUGGCUUUAUACAACAAAAUUUUAACACUUCCGUCCUCUGAAAGGCGUGCUAGUGCUGGAAAUUCUAUUAGCUAUACUAGUUCUGAGAUGUCUUCUCAAUUGCCAGACCGGGCUUUCAAUGCAUCAUACAAUAUUGGUGGUUUGCUUUCUUUAAAUCCUAAUCGUCCAUCAACUUCAGGCACUUCAGCUGCGGCUGCAGCAGCUGUUGCUAACUCAAAUGUUGCCUUACAGACCUUACAUCCUGGUGGUCUUGGUAAUUUGAGUUUUCUUUAUCAGCAAUUCGAUAUUCUUUGCGCUGAUUUCCACCUCAGGUAUUUAAAACGAUUCGGACACUCAAAAAGAAAUACAUUCCAUUCGCUGAGUGGAUCGUCAGGCAAUUCGACUGGUUUGACAUCUGCUCGUCGUGGUCCAUACACGAGACAGCCUGCUUCACAUGAACGUAGAAGUAGUUGGACGUCUGUUUUGCUUAAUCUCAGCGGACAGCAGCAGACGCAGCUGGAGCGACUAUAUAAGCAGAGUGUGGGCACCGGGGAUCAAGUUGCCACAAAUAUUCAGCAGCUGCAGAAAGAAUUUAAGGAGCUGAAUGCUAGUUUUCAAACUCCUGUCCACCAUAGUUCAUUGGAAACUCAACAACAGCGGAAUUGUCCUCCACUGAUUAGUAUAACUGAUGAGAAUGACUGUGUACAGAUGCCUAUGCCGAUAUCGUUUUUUAGCCGGAAUAAUGAAAAGGUUCAAGGGCAGCAGCCAAUCCUCAAUAUCACUAAUGCUUCUGAAGGAGCUGAUGCAGGAAGUUCUUUGCAUGGUCCAAUGAAAUUAAUGCCACCUUCAGAAAAUUCGGUGUUAAUAAGCUUCUUGGAAACUGACAUUGUACUACAGCAUUUGAGGAGUGCUCUUGAUAAUCUAGCAAUAGCGUAUAGGGAAACUGCAUGUGUUAUAUCCUCAAGCGCUUAUGUUUUUGGCUUUUUAGAAAACCACCGUAUUUGUGUGGAGAAUGGUGAAAAAAGUCGUAUCGAAAUCGAUGUCAUUCCAGUCCCUUUCUCGAUUUCUCAAGCCAAAAGUCGAGUAAGUUGCUUCAAAUUUCAAAUGUUGGUUUCACUUUCUUAAGU